AUGAAGCCUAUUCCCUUCCUCUCUCUGCUAUUCGGCAUCCUAGUGGCUUUCAUAUUUUGCACGCUGGUCUUUGAGCUCUCACUACUUACGUCGGACACGUCAGUAGAUGGGAUUCCAAACUUCCAGCGCUUACUGAACGCGGCAGCUGCUCCUGGAGCCGGAGACACGGCCUCAGUCGCCGACAUGCUUACUUUUUAUCCCGAUGAAGUAUAUGACAUUGACUGGAGUCAAAAGAUCCAUGAGAGUGACCUCUUGCAUGAAGCGGCGCUCCAUCGCGCUUGUGUCAAGUACCAAGAAAGUAUCAUUUCGUAUGAGGUUGGGAGGGCAGAGCAGGAUGAAGCACAAUAUAUAGUAAAUGAGACUGAUCCGCAAUUGCUCGAAAAACUCAAGCAAUGUCCUGAUGUUGACGUGUUUAUACCUAGUGGUUUACGAGACUUUGGAUACUGUGAAGACGCAGCGGCGUAUACCAAGUUUUUGAAGGCACGGAUGUUGCCACGAUGGGUUUUGAAUUCCAAAUUUCAAGACAACUCAAGGAAACGAACUGUCACGUAUCAUGAAUUGUGCCCAAAUACGCCUAUGAUCUUUUUCAAUCACUAUUGGGAUGGAGUACCGGACGCUCUGGAUUGGCCAACAGAUAAACCUUUGUACUUGAUGCCUAAUAUGGAAAUGUUCGAGAUCAGUAGCGAGCACUUUUGGCGAGCGGAUGUGGUUUUGUGCAAGACGGCGCUAUGUGCAAGGUAUGUAAGGCUGUGGUUUAAACAGGAGGGCAAUCCAAAAGGAACGCGGGUGCUGUACACACGCCACAUUACGUCGAACUUGCCGCUGACGGUCAAGAACCAAUUCACUGAGAGUGAAUCACAAGUGAGAUCUGAGAAGAAUUUUUCGCAUGUGUCGAUCUUGCAUACACCAGGCAAUAGUGGCUGGAAAGGAACACGGCAAGUGCUGGAAUGCUGGUUGUCGAGACCAGAUCUGCCGCUACUCGAGCUGUACACAACCCAUAAGUCGUUCCCUGGGAAGUAUGCGAAAAGGAUCGCUACGAGCAAGAACGUCAUACUGCACAACGAACGGCUGGAUCCUGCAGUCUUUGGGCGUCUCAUUACUGAUGCGACGUACGUUAUGUGUUCGAGUGUCAUGGAGGGCUAUGGUCACUACAUUAACCAGGCGCGAGCUUCUCGCGCGUUAAUCUUCACGACUGAUGUUGCGCCUAUGAAUGAGUUGAUCACUUCACAGUCUGGUGUACUGAUCAAGGCUAAAGAAAAAUCAUAUAAACGGCAAUUUUUAGGUGGCGACUCUUCGGCGGCCCACGCACUGCACGAUGUCCCUGGUUUUGUUGCUGACUUUAACGAUACCGCAGUCUGCGAUGCAGUGACGGACAUGUUGAACAACACCACCAUUGAAGAGCGUGAAAUGCGAGCUGAUAAGGCUUUGCAGCAGUACUAUUUUGACGUGGUCUUCUUCGUGCAGAAAAUGCAGGAGCUGCGCAAGUUUGCUCGUGCACAGAGCCAUACGGGUUGGUUUCGUGCACCGAGGUGGCACGAUGACGGAGUCGAAUAUUUUGUCGACAUGUUAGCGAAGUAA